CUGUGGUGACCGCUCUGUGAACCAGCGCACGCUCCCGACAGGCUCGUGCCCGCUCCUCGCGCGCUCCCGACAGGCUCGUUUUCGCUCCCGCAUCAUGGCGGGCCUGGAGCUGCUCUAUCACUCGGUGGCCCAGGAUGUGUCUUCUCCCCAAGACGCCUUGGUCUGUUUCGUGCACUGGGAGCUGGUCAGGGCGGGAUUCAAGUGCCUGGGGACCGGGGACCAGCCCUCGAACAGAGUCUUCAAGAAGGAAGAGGAGUUGCGGCAUCAUAUUGAAUCAGCAAUAGUUUCUCCUUUAGUUGGCACAAAGCAGCGAGCUGGAGGAGGGCAUCAGAAAGGAAAAAAAUCAAUUCGGUCUGGUCCAGGUGCUCAACCACAUGCGGGCACCAACCCACUCUUCAUCCCACCCAGUGCACCACAAAGGCAGCCUCCCUGAAAAUGAUACAUUUUGGAUGCAAGAACAAAGCAAAUGAACAUUUACCCUGCAUGACAAUUUUCUCUGCCUGGAAGAGUAAGAGUUAUUAGUGUGCAGAUGCAAACAUCUGUAAAAAUUGAAGGACGUAUAUUAAAGCUGAGAUUUUUCUGUUCAGGCC